CCUGAAGACAUGCAUGUCUGUGUCACCCCUGUAGAGUUGUGCUUGCGCAUGUGAAAGGGUCCCGCGACUGACAAAUUGGCUUUCGGCAUUGCGCUGAGCUUGGCUUUCGCGCGCAACGUCGACAGCUGCCUCCCACAUCUCUCCAGCUGGAAACACGUUCACGCACAACAACGCUGUCGCAAACGUCGCCCACCAUGCCCGCCGCAGGCACCGCUCCGUUCGCCACCUUUCUCAUCAUCGGCCCAACCUGCUUCUUCCUCGGCGUCCUCUUCGCCUACUUCCCCUACGACUACAACGUCCUCUGGUCCACACCCCCCGUCCUCGAAGCCGGCAUAAACCCCCGCACCGCCUUCUUCGUCCUCCAAGAAAACCACCUAAAAUUCAUCCACGCCUCCCCACCCCUCAUCUCACGCAUCCUCCACAUCGUAAUCGGCACCGGUCUCCUCGGCUUCCUCAUCAAACUCUUCAAACCCACCGAAGCGAACCUCCUCUUCGAUGGCGCUUCUCUGGUUCUCUACAUGUGCGGCAUCACAGUCUACAUUGCCAAUAUCGUGAAAGGAUUAAGGACUGUGACGGCCGGGGCGUAUGGGACGAAGGCGUUGGAUACUGAGGCGGGGGAGACGAUUGUGGAUAAGGCGUUGGAGAAUCGGGAGGGGGAGUAUAUUGGACGGGAAGAUAGUUUGAGGGUUAUGGCGGCUAGUAAUACGAUUUUGGCGCUGGUUUUGGUGGGGGUGCUUGUGUUGCAGGCGGGGCAGUGGUAUGCGCAGAGGAAGGAGCAGGAGGAGAUGGCUUUGAUGGAUGCGAAGAGGGAUGAGAAGAGGGCGGAGAAGGCGAAGGGAGAGGGAAAGAAGCAGAAGUAGGUGGGGUUGGGAUGUUGGGGAUGGGGGAAUGAUGUGUAUAGUACAGUAUGAAAAGGCAUUGGAAACGCUGUCCUGUUAUAGGAUGCGAUGUUGAAUGAUAGAUGAUGCAAAGCGCGAGCAGGCGCCCAGUAGACCCAGGAGGUU